AACCGCGCAAAACUGUACAAUCAAACUGAGAGAACAGUAGAAAAAAUUGACAAACGCAUUGUUUUUCUAAAUCAUUUUAUUUGUUUAAAAUCGAGUACUUGUUAAGUGUUCAACUCAUGUGUUGUGUGAAAUCGAUAAAGUUACAUUUAAGUUUUGGAAAAAAAGAAAAUUUUGUCAAUUAUUUAAAUUGCAUUUAGUUUAGUACAAUGGAUUCGUUUAAAAGUCGAACAAGUUUGCCAUUUCCAACAUCGGCACGCAAAUCAUCAGCCAGUUCGAUUUAUUCAAGCCGUAAAUCAUUACAUGGUGGGAUUAAAAAAGCACAUGGAACAUCUAGCCGGUACAGUGUUUCAGGACGGUCGGUUCAAUCAAAUCAGAUAAUUGCACGAUCGGCAAAUAAUGUAGCACAAUCGUUUGGAUUGCAAAUCCCAAUUACUGUAAAUGAAGCGCUUAUGUUUAGCGAUCGAAAUGCAAAUGUUACCAUAAAUUGUUCCGACAAUGGAUGGGCAUGGGCAAUAUCCGGUCGUAAAUUACUUGUUUGGCAGUACAAAGAUACAAGUCAAACAUCACCAAAAAAUGACAUACAAUUGCGUACACCACAACGACGACAGGCCAUCAGCCAGUGCCGUGAAUUAACAUUGCCACAUUGUGACAUCGGACACAAAGCAUCAUUGAUCACCGUGUUUACCACAGAAGGUCAACAAAUGGCCUCAUGCUUGUCCAUUUCACCAACCGGCGAUGUUCGUUAUUGGCCAUCAAUUGCCCAUGAUGCGAUCUCAUUCGAUGAAACGGGCAUAUUGGAAGGACAAGAGUUUGAUGAACUAGUCACAAUACCAUCAGUGGGCUAUGUUUUAGUGACAACAACAUGCAAUUUAGUUUUGCUUGAAUUGCAAUCAAAUAAUGGACGAUACAAUAUUAUACAUAAACUGGUACGACCACCAACUGGUUUUCUCGGUGGAAUUGGUAAACGUUUUGCAUCGAUACUUAUCGGAAGCAAUUCACAGGAUCGAGAAAAUAGAUUCAUAAAAAUGUGCGCAAAAAUUUCCGAAUCAUCGGAUUGGUAUGUUUCGGUGCUAUCGGAUAAAUUCAUUCAACGUUGGUCCGUCGAAUUGAAUUUCAACGAGACAUUUUUGUUCGAAGAUCAACAGAUUAUAUUGAAAAUUAAACAAGCAUUCCAUCAUCGAGCCUGGCCAUCGCGUGAUAUUAACGAUGUGGAAAUGUUCAUAUUAGACAUGCAACCGAAUAAAAAUGGUGAUCUGAUUUUACUUGUUGCGGCCAUGAAUCUAUCUCAUGCACCACAAAUCCUAUUCGCACUCGUCACAUUAAUUGAACAGCAAUCGGCUUUUGCAAUCAAAGAUUUUUGUCAAAUGAAAACGACCGCCUUUUACUCGGGCGACGCAAACGAAGAAAGUUUGAAAUACAAAUUCAUUUUAACCAACUCAACUGCCUAUGUAUACGGUGAACGUUCCAUUUUUGAGGUUCUUUUAAGUGGCGUUGUUCAAAACGAUAUCGAUAACACUGAAAAAAUCGAAUUGCCUGGUCAAAAUGAUCAUAUUUUGGCGGCUGCUGUUUACAGUCAAAUACCCAUAUUUUUCUCCCGUCUAAAUGGUUUCGUCAGCAUUUCAUCGUCGGAUUUCGGCAAUUUGGAUUGCUUAAAUAGUUCGGUCGUGUCAGAAGUUUCCGAUUUUCACAUGACAAGCCAGACGUUGCACAAUGAAACUGCAACCAAUCUUACGAUCUAUGACAUUAAUCCGGAAGAUGUUUAUAAUUUACAUGAUAGCAUCAGUCAAAUAAAGGCCGCAUUCAUUUAUCAUUUGAAGAAAAAUACCACAAAAUGUUCGACCAUCAUAAAUCAAUUGUUUUCGGAUACGUCUUCAUUUGCUGCAAAUGAAUUCGAUAAUAUAAUUAUGAAAAUCGCCAAGGAUCUGGCCGAAGAUAUUCCGGCUGCGGAUCCAAGAUGGGAAGAGCAAAUUUCAAGCAACAAAUGUGCAUUGGGAAGCUCGACAUCAAUGCAAAUUAUACAGCAGCUCAAAGAAAAGAGUCGUGCAUUCACACAUUUUAUCGAUUUUCUUCAGGCAACAUCAUUGUGGGAAAAGUUGGACACGGUCAGCGAACGAAGCCAAAUUAAAGCCACUUGUCAUAUGUUAUCCGAUAUUAAUGAAAAAAUUAUCGCCGCAAUUGCCCUGAAAGGGAUUCAUAAUCAAUUUUCCGCCAUAAUUGAUGACACAAUUGAUGUUACAUUGAAAAAACGCAAUGAGAUUCCACCAGAAAAUUUAACGUCACAGGACAUUUUCUAUGUUCAAGUUACACGUAUUCAUGAAUUUUUUAAAUCACUCACAAGUCUUGCCGACGAAGCCAUUCAACAAGAACAAAAUCCAUCAAAAUCAUCACAGCUAUUGCUUGAUAUCAGUCAAAUUGUUUUGACAAUCCUGCACGAAGUUUUCAAAUUCCGUGAGCUUAAAACAACCAUAUUCAAAUUACCAGCCGAUAAAAUGAAUAAAUUUGAGUAUUUGCCAUGGACAGCAGCAUCCAUUCCAAAUGGCAUUCGCGAUGGAAUAUUACAUGUUAUAAAUAUCAUAACAAAAAAUGGAGUACGUUCUACGGCUGAGCCCGAAAUGCGACAACAACAUUUCAAAAAUCUCGUUGAAUUGGUUGAUUUCUAUUUGGACGGUCGUAAGGCAUAUCUCGAAAGCAUCAAAGAGCUAGAUAAAUAUGACACAUUGUACCGAAAGUAUGAGGCUGAACGCAGUGACUUAAUUUUCAAUUUUGUCGAUGGUGGACAGUACGAAUUGGCAGCCAAAUUAGCUGAAAAGUAUUUAGAUUUUAAGACUUUGGUUGUAAUUUGUGAUCAGACAAAGAAUCAAUCUCGUCUAGAAGAAUACAUUGAACGAUACAGAGAUCAAGACUUUUCACAAUUUGCCAUCAAUUGGCAUUUACAGCAGAAUAAACGCGGUGAUUUAUUUGAACGUUUCAAACGUAAUCAAAAUGAAUUAACACGAUUUCUUGGCGAUCAUCCAAGUUUGGAAUGGAUACAAACCGUUUUCAAUGGUGAUUUAUCGCGGGCAUCACGUAUAUUAUUGUCACUGGCACAAAAUGAAAGUGUUUCCGUUUCGCGUAAACGAACAAUGCUAUCAUUGGCCAAACUAACCAGUUUGGCGGCCGAUGAAGAGCUUUCCAAUGAAAUUGAUAUGAUCAAUGGUGAACUAAAGCUAAUCGAAUACCAAUCAAAGGUAUCAACCCGAAUGCUUCGCAUAUUCGGAUAUGAUCCAGAUAAUCAAAAAGUACUCACAUCUGAAGAAAUUAUAAAUCUAUAUAUUGCUGAUGAAAAUACAGAUGUUACCGAAGAAGACUACCAGAAAGCUUUGAGCCUAAUACCGUACGUCGACGAUCCAUUGGAUAUAAAACAUAAAAUUUGGUGUAGUGCCAUUUUGCGUGAUAAUUGGGAUGCAUACAAUGUCAAUGCACCACUUGAAACGGUGCAACAUUUCAUGGUGUACAAAUUCAUUGACUUCUGUCUCAUUUUAUAUGUUGAUAUUGAAGAAUUUUUGCCACCGCUACAAGAACUAUUGGAUGCACCAGAACUGGGAUCGUUAACCGAGAGCAAAUCGUUUCAAUUUCUAUUGAAAUUAAUUUAUGAAUAUUUUUACGACACAUAUAAGAACACUGUUGCCUAACCGUACAACAAUCUAGACUUAACUCUAAUUUAAAUAUAAAAAUAAAAUAAAAACCAUAUUGAGAUAACAUUUGAAGACAUUAGA